AUGAACGCAAACUGGCAUCCAGACUGUUUUCGAUGUGAAAUUUGCAAUAAGCGUUUGGCCGAUGUUGGUUUCCUGCGAAACGGUGGAAGGGCGCUGUGUCGUGAAUGCAACGAAAUCGAGAAGGAGGCUGGAUCGGGUCGUUAUGUGUGUCAUAAAUGCAAAGCGAUUAUCGAGGAAGGUGGUCAUAUCAAGUAUCAGGGUGAUAGCUUUCAUCCGUAUCACUUCAAAUGCGCUCGAUGCAGUAAUGAGCUGACCAUAGAUGCACGUGAAGUGAACGGUGAACUGUAUUGUCUGAGAUGUCAUGACACGAUGGGCAUACCCAUCUGUGGAGCAUGCCAUCGACCCAUCGAAGAACGUGUCGUUACGGCCCUCGGCAAAAAUUGGCAUGUUGAG